UCAAGGUCCGGCAGUGACCAUCAUCGAUAACGCCCACCUUCACCAUGGCUGUAAGAUCAAGACCAAAAAUUCGUGCAUUGCUUAUAGAUAUUUCUGGUACUCUGAUGAUCGGCUCGACGCCCACACAACAAGCAACCCAAGCACUCGCUGAGCUGCGGCGCAGUAAAUUCCCAUACAGGUUUUGUAGCAACACCAGCAAGGAAUCGACCUCGGUCCUUCAGAAGAGAAUGAUAGAUGCUGGUUUUGACGUGCAAACCGGUGAAUCGCCAGAACUAUGGACGAGCCUCAAGGCUGUACGGAGUCUUAUCCGGUCGAGGGGUCUCAAAAGGCCGUAUUUCCUCUUGUCAGCGACCGCUAAAGAUGAAUGUAUUUCCGAAGGACUGUACGAUCCCAACGUCCCCUAUGACGCGGUUAUUGUCGGCUUGGCGCCUGCGCUGUUCGACUAUGAUCGGCUUAAUUCUGCAUUUCGGAUUCUUGUUGGAGAGGAUGAUUCGCAGAAGGGGCGUCGUGAGGAUCCGAAGGCAUCGAUCCCCCUCAUUGCUUUACACAAGGCGAGAUACGUUGAAUCCUCGGGCCAUGGACUUGUGCUUGGUCCAGGACCAUUUGUCGCCGCUCUUGAAAAUGCUGCUGAAAGGGAAGCGGAGGUGCUUGGAAAGCCGAGUAGAGCGUUCUUCGAGACGGUGAUUGAGAGUCUGGAUUGCGAUGGUGAAGGGUGCAUCGCCGUGAUUGGCGAUGAUAUCGAAAUGGACCUUGGUGGGGGCGCCAUAGACCUUGGUCUGUGGAGGAUCUUAGUGAAGACAGGAAAAUACCGAGCAGGGGAUGAAAGCAAGGAAGGUGUGCAGGCUCCGGAUGAGGUGUGUGAUUCGUUUGCAGAGUUUGUGGAAAAGUUAUUGUCUGGAGAAAGUAAUUGUAGUGCUUUACCAAGGCGGCACUGAUCUGAGGCUGAGAUUUGGGAGCACAUGCUUGAAUGAUACGUUUCCCAUUGAUCUCGGAUGUGUUUGUGCAUAUCGGGGAAAGUUCAUCGCUGGCUGUAGGAAAUCGAUAACGCAAUUAACCGUGACGAAAAUCCGGCCAUCCAACCG